GCAAGAAGGCGGGAUCUAACCGUCUCGCCAUCAGAGGCAGACUCUGGUUGGUUCAAACUCAAACACAGUCUUCGGUAAUGGCCUGACAGUCAGGAAGCGGCUUUUUCCGGAGAACAUACCGGUCAAUAAAGGCCACUGGUGGACUUCUCCGCUGUCACAACCGAUGGGACUUGUUGUCGGGGUUGAGGAAAACCGGGAAGCGACCUUUGAUCGGUAGCUGUUGGGGAAUGAAGGCAGGUUCCCCGAGGUUACUAUAAUCAUUUUCUGUCAGGUGUUUGUUGUGUCGAGCGCUGUCGGCACUGCGGGUCGAGGUUUUUGCUGGAGGAUAGCCGUAGGUCACUGGCAUGUAUUUAUCCAAUGUGGAGCUGUGGAGAACAUACUGGGAGUCUGUUUCCAGGCCGUACACGGUGUUCAUCUGCUCCGUGACCGCUGCUCUAUACUAUCUAUGGGGCCGCAAGUGUGAGACUCCUGCCUUAAUAUGUAGUGAAGCUUUUAGUGCAUUCCUCAAAAAGCACUGUCCUGUGAUAUCUGAGCCCUUCUGUCCCACUCCCUGGUGCUGGGGAGGACGGGUGCAGACCCUGGUCUGUGCGCUCCUUAAAUCCAGACCCCCUGUUUCAUAUCGCAAUGAGUUGAUUCGUACACCAGAUGGUGGUCAGAUCUCCUUGGACUGGGUUGACAAUCAUACCAGUGAGACCUACCCUGAAUCUUGCGCGCGACCUACCGUGCUCAUCCUCCCAGGACUGACUGGGAACAGCCAGCAGCCCUAUGUGCUUCAUGCUGUUAGCCAGGCAACAAGACGGGGUUACAGAUGUGUGGUCUUCAACAACAGAGGAGUAGGAGGGGAAGAGUUGUUGACCCCAGUCACCUACUGCGCUGCUAACACUUCAGAUUUGGAGCAAGUUGUGCAGCAUGUGAAAGGCUUGUACCCUCAGGCUCCAGUUCUGGGUGCUGGUGUAUCCCUUGGAGGGAUGAUAUUGUUGAACUACCUGGCCCGUAAGCGCACAGAGUCGGGAAUGGUGGCAGGCAUCACCAUCUCCGUCGCCUGGGAUGCGCUGAAGUCGUCCGACUCGAUGGAGGAGCCUCUCAACUGGCUUCUCUUCAACAAACACCUCACUAAUGGCCUGUGCCAAAAAGUCACCAGGCACAGGAAGAUUCUGGAGAAAGUGGUGGAUGUUGACUAUGUCCUGAAGUCACGAACGAUCCGGGAGUUCGACGAGCGUUUCACUUCACAUGUGUUCGGCUACAAGUCGUGUGUCGAUUACUACCAUGACGCCAGCCCAGCCAAGAAGCUCCCCAACACCGCUGUACCCAUCCUGUGUCUCAAUGCUGCUGACGACCCUUUCUCUCCACAGAGUACGUUCCCAGUCUCCAUAGUCCAGACGCUGCCAAACGUUGCCCUGCUACUGACGACUCACGGCGGACACAUUGCCUUCUUGCAGGGUCUGUUUCCUCGCGGGGAGAGCUACAUGGAGCGCCUGUUCGGUCAGUUUGUCCAGGCAGUCUUUGAAAACUCGAAGGACAUCAAGAGAGCCUGCGGCAUGGCAAAAGAUGAGCCGGAUCAACAACAUAGUGACGGUGGAGAAAAACCAAUCAAAGAUGUCAGUUGUCAGUGAAGCUUGAUCUUGAAUAGAGGGGAAAAAAAGUCACUGAAAUGUA